AUGCGAGCAGUGAAAGCGAUCGGGAAAUUAGCAACGCUCUGGCCACACCUGCGAGACUUAUAUUUCAAAGAAGCCGAUCAUCCCCAAGUCGAUUUGCUAAAAGGAUAUAAUGUACCAGAAGCACACUGGCUCCUAGACCAAAGACUGGGUGGCAGGAAAGAACCAUAUGCUGCUCGCAACAUUUUCGGAGGGGCGUUGUUUGGAUCGCCUCAUGCGACAAACCGCAAACUUUUGUCAUUUACCUUCACCACCACCACUACCGCUGGCGACGAUACGAUCAAACGAACUUUCCAACGGAUGUACGACAAUGAGUUCGACGACAUGAAUGAUCAGAAAGGCGGCCCCUCCGUAGAAGACAACCAGGCAUUUGCAAUAGUCAAAACGCGGACACGAUGCCCGUCCGACCGGUUCGAGGUACCGUUACCAUGGAGGACGGGAUACAACCGAUUGCCGAACAACCACGGGAUGGCCCUAAAAUGGUUGAAGUACUUUAAAAGGCGACUGGUCAUGGACGCAAAGCUACGUCGUCAGUGCGCCGCAGCGAUGCAAUGGAACGAACAGCUAAGAUACACGGAACGGGUGGACGUGUCACUACCACCCACUGGAAAAAGGGGGUUCCGCCUAAUCAAAUGGUUAUCCAGCUGGCGCUUAGUUAUAGACAACGUUUCCCAAACCGACAGAGCGAGUGGGGCUGUCAACUUGACUACACAGCCGCUUUCUACCGAGCCGGCCUUGGGGCUACGAUGGAGCGCCGAGUCGGACGAAUUCAUUUUUCAAAUUCGGAUACCUGAAAGAAACCCCACCUGGCGAGGGCAGCUUUCGUCGGUCUCCAGUUUGUAUGAUCCACUUGGAUUCGAAGCGCUGUGGCUGUCACCGGGUAAGGUCUUCCUGCAACAGCUUUGUCGAAGUGGGACCAGCCACUAG